AUGUCGAGUCUCGCCGGCCACCGGUCCACCAGUACGUUAUCCGACUGGUAUUGUGGCGUAUCAGACUUCGACACUUCCGAGCCAGCGCGAGCAGCGUUCCAAGAAGGGCUCAAAAUCUUCAAGGAAACCUUGACGAAGGACGGGAAGAAAAAGGACCUCGCAGGCCAGUUCCUCGACUGCAGAGUGGAAGACAUCCUGAGGGCAGUUGUCGACGUCAAAUCCCACUAUGACGCCCAGCAUGGAUCAAACAAAAUCCACGAAAGUUUAACAGCAUUCUCGAAGCGCGUAUUCUAUUACGGCAAUGUCAUUGAUGUUCUCGCUCAACACCAUCCCGAAUACGUUUCUCUUGUUUGGGGAGCCAUGAAGUUUCUCUUUGGGGCCGUGAUCGAACAUGAACGUACUGGCGUGACUAUCGUAUCGGCGCUUUGCGAUAUCGGGGACUCGCUCCCGAGAGUCGGACUGGCAUUACUGGUCUACCCAACCGAAUCGAUGAAGCGGGCGGUAUCCAUGCUGUAUGCUCAUAUUGUCCGCUUUCUCAUUCGUGCAAUGGGAUACUAUUCCGAGAGCAAGUUCGCUCGCGCUGUGCACACCAUCACAAGGCCCGCCGCCCUCCGCUACGACGAUAUCAUAAAAAUGAUACAGCAUGAUAGGCAGAUCAUAGCAAAUCACGCUGUGGCAAGCAGCCAGGCUGAAUUAAGGGAUGUCCAUGAAGGUGUUCGAGGAAUCAGUCAACGGCUUGAUAUGGCCGUCACGCGGAGUCGAGCGGACCACCAGAGCCUGCAGACGAAUGUACAGACUCUGGCUGACUUGAUGUCACAGCUUCGACAAAGCAUUAUGGCCGAGAGGGCUGCUUCGAUGACUGUGCAGAUGGAGAUUCGUUCUGCGCUCUCAGACGUACAAUUGGCACAAGCGCUGGCAAUGAUAUCGUCCCAAUGUAGCAUUGACCACAAAGUCGUGCUGCAGUCGAAUCUGCAGCUCCACAACAGGCACCGACUCCAGCGACGAUUCCAUCACACCGCGGCCCCUCUUUGGACAUCCCGCAAAUUGCGGGAAUGGAAUGCAUCGCCAACGUCAUCGUCUAUCCUCCUCAAGUCCACAUUCCAUGAGAGAGCACAGAUCAGAGGAUUUUGCACAGAAGUCAUCGAACACCUAAUCAAGGCUCGCAACGCCGUACUCUGGGUCUUGGUCGACCUUGGCCAGGAAUACCCGAUUCUCGAGAUCCUGAAGAGCCUCGUUCUCCAAGCACUCACCCUCGACUACUCGGGUCAUUCAGAGACAAAGAUGUCGUUCCAGCUCCGCGGGUUCCUCGACGCACACUUCGAGAGCGACUACCUCAACAUGCUCGGGGAACUCCUCCAGCACUUCAAAUUAGUCUAUAUUGUCGUCAGUUCCGAUGCGACGUCUCUUGCCACAUCCCUGCAGUGUCGGGAUUAUUUGCGCCGCUUAUCUUGCACACUUGCAGCGCGAGGCUCCAGAACUGUCUUGAAGAUCAUUGCCACAGCACACGGUCCGGGACUACAAGCUUCGUCGGAAGACAUCGUCCUUGCAGUUGGAAGGAUGCACAAACAAGGAAUUAAGAAGCAGCAGAAAACCCAUUCCAGGAGACGCCAGAACUCCAGGUUGACUCAACCUCUCACCACUGCCUUCAACGCCGCAGCCGACAGCAAUACAUUCGAGUCCUGA